CAUGAAAGUUUCCCGCCAAAUUAGAUAUUUGCGGCUAUUCACAUACGUACUUGUUUAUUUGAUACGGUCUGCGCGUUUGAUCAAAUAGCUUCGAUUAGAUACUCGCACGAUGGAAGGCUUCGAUGAUCCGGGAGUGUUUUUCUCGGAUAACUUCGCGGUAGACGAGACCCACGAGAACCAAGUGAACCUCCAACACUCGAAGAAGAAAUUCAAAGAAUUUAUUCGGCAAUUCCACGAGGGUAACUUCAACUACAAAUAUCGAGACACCUUGAAACGUAAUUACAACCUUUGUCAAUACUGGCUGGAAAUUAAUUUGGAGGAUCUAGCAGCCUACGAUGAGUCUCUCGCUGAGAAAAUUCAGAAGCUUCCAACGGAAUACCUGCCCAUCCUGGAGGAAGCCGCAAAAGAUGUCGCAGAUGAACUCACAGCACCUCGGCCAGAGGGUGAAGAGAAGAUGGAGGAUAUUCAGGUGCUAUUGUGCUCGGAUGCUCAUCCAAGUUCUCUGAGAGGGAUGAAGCCGGAUAUCGUCUCAAAGAUAGUCAAAAUUCCUGGUAUAGUCGUUUCUGCAUCCGGUAUCAGAGCUAAGGCGACAAAAAUUGCAAUACAGUGUCGUUCGUGCAAGGUUACCCAAGUCAACAUUCCUAUUAAACCAGGUUUGGAAGGAUACGUGCUACCUAGAAAAUGUACGACGGAACAAGCGGGUCGGCCGAAAUGCCCUCUGGAUCCCUUUUUCAUCAUGCCAGAUAAGUGCCACUGCGUGGACUUCCAAGUUUUGAAACUUCAGGAAUUGCCGGAUCACAUACCACAGGGCGAGAUGCCCAGACAUCUGCAAUUGUACUGCGACCGGUACCUUUGCGACCGUGUUGUACCUGGCAAUAGAGUGCUGAUUCUCGGUAUAUAUUCCAUCAAGAAAGUGUCUAAGACAGGUGGCAAGGGUGCAAGCAGGGAAAAAGCAUUAGUGGGUGUUCGAGCUCCGUAUAUUCGAGUUCUGGGCAUCUCCGUAGAUGGGGAAAAUACGAAUAUUGGAACUCAGCCGCCCGUCACUACCGAAGAGGAGGAUCUCUUCACCCGCUUAGCGACAGAUCCGAAUUUAUACGAGAGAAUUGCGAAGAGUAUAGCACCCAGCAUUUUCGGCGCGAUCGACAUAAAAAAGGCUAUAGCGUGUUUGUUGUUCGGUGGAUCCAGGAAACUGUUGCCUGAUGGUCUUUGCAGGAGGGGCGACAUCAAUCUCUUGAUGCUGGGUGAUCCAGGCACUGCUAAGUCGCAAUUGUUGAAAUUCGCAGAAAGAGUCGCCCCGAUAGCUGUUUACACGUCGGGAAAGGGUAGUUCUGCAGCCGGUCUAACAGCAUCUGUGUCAAGAGAUCCAGCAACUAGGAACUUCGUCAUGGAAGGUGGUGCGAUGGUUUUAGCGGAUGGUGGGGUCGUGUGUAUCGACGAGUUUGACAAGAUGAAAGAGGACGACCGAGUGGCGAUACACGAAGCCAUGGAGCAACAGACGAUUUCUAUAGCGAAGGCGGGAAUAACGACAACUCUGAACACACGUUGCUCCGUGUUAGCGGCGGCUAAUUCCGUCUUUGGCCGUUGGGAUGAUAUAAAGGGAGAGGAGAACAUAGAUUUCAUGCCGACGAUAUUGUCACGUUUCGAUAUGAUAUUUAUUGUUAAGGAUGAGCACGAACACAAUAGAGAUGUGACGUUGGCUAAACACGUUAUAAGUAUUCAUUGUAAUGCUGGCCAGAUUACGGAACAGUCGGUAGAGGGUGAGAUCCCUGUGCACAUUCUCAAGAAAUACAUUAAUUAUUGCAGAACACGUUGCGGUCCAAGGCUCAGCGUGGAAGCGGGGGAGAAAUUGAAGAAUCGUUACGUGAUGAUGCGAGCCGGCACGAGGGAACACGAGAAGGACUCCGAGAAGAGAUUGUCUAUACCCAUAACAGUCAGGCAACUCGAAGCUAUUAUACGAAUGUCCGAAGCUCUGGCCAAGAUGCAGAUGCAACCUUUUGCAACUGAAGUCCACGUUAACGAAGCUUUGAGGCUCUUUCAAGUGUCUACGCUAGAAGCUGCAAUGUCUGGAUCGUUAGCAGGAGCGGAAGGAUUUACCUCGGAAGAAGACCACGAAAUAUUGUCCCGUAUCGAGAAGCAAUUGAAAAAUAGAUUUCCUAUUGGACAUCAGGUAUCUGAGCAAAAUAUAGUGAAAGAUUUUCUCAAACAGUCAUUCCCAGAACGCGCCGUUUACAAAGUUAUACAUACGAUGAUACGUCGCGGUGAACUUCAACAUCGUUUGCAACGUAAAAUGUUGUACAGACUGCAUUGAAGA